CAAUUAACUACACGCAAACGACUUCAAAAUCUAAACAUUAUUUUGUUUUUAUCUUCUAAUCCAUACAUCAUAAGCCAUCUUCUCAUUAGUUUUCAGGGGCUACUCUCUCUCUGUCUCUCACACACCAGCUUUUGGCUAUUCAGAACCUUCGCCAAUCCCUUGUGAGUGAUCUUUUUAUUCUAUUUUGUGAACCAAAUGGAGCAAAUGGCUGGAAAACAGCAGCGGCAGUACCCAUCUGUCAUGCAAAACUUAACCAACAAGGUCCAUCUCAGAUUUGAAAAGCCUGCCCAUUUCCUAUAUGGAAAUUACCACUAUAAAGCAGGAUUUCAAUAUCCAGUAACACAGGAUCUAUCGCUGACGGCGUCACCAGUUCUUGUCCAAGCCCCAUCAGAAAAAGGCUUAUCUGGCUUUGCAGUAGAUUUUGUUAUGGGUGGAGUUUCUGGAGCUGUGUCUAAAACUGCAGCAGCUCCUCUUGAACGUGUAAAACUCCUAAUUCAAAAUCAAAAUGAGAUGAUCAAAGCUGGUCGGCUCUCCGAACCCUACAAAGGCAUUGGAGAUUGUUUUAGCAGAACAAUUAAAGAUGAGGGCUUUCUAUCUCUCUGGAGAGGCAACGUAACCAAUGUCAUUCGAUAUUUUCCUACUCAAGCCUUUAAUUUUGCAUUCAAAGAUUACUUUAAAAGACUUUUCAACUUUAAGAAGGACCGCGACGGUUACUGGAAGUGGUUUGCUGGUAACUUAGCUUCUGGUGGCGCUGCUGGUGCUUCUUCCCUUUUGUUUAACUAUUCUUUGGAUUAUGCUAGAACUCGUCUUACAAAUGAUGCAAAAUCUGUAAAAGCAGGAGGACAGCGCCAAUUCAAUGGUUUGAUUGAUGUCUACAGAAAGACUCUAAAAUCAGACGGUAUUGUUGGACUUUACCGUGGAUUUAACAUUUCCUGUGUAGGCAUAGUUGUAUAUCGUGGUCUAUAUUUUGGAUUGUAUGAUUCUUUGAAGCCAGUAGUACUGACGGGAAAGCUAGAGGAUAGUUUCUGGGCAAGUUUUGCUCUAGGUUGGGCUGUUACAAAUGGUGCUGGACUGGCCUCAUAUCCAAUUGACACUGUUCGUAGAAGAAUGAUGAUGACAUCAGGUGAAGCUGUUAAGUAUAAGAGCUCAUUCGAUGCCUUCUCUCAGAUAAUUAAGAAUGAAGGGGCUAAAUCUCUGUUCAAAGGUGGAGGUGCAAACAUCCUGCGCGCAAUUGCUGGUGCUGGUGUUCUUGCUGGAUAUGAUAAGCUUCAGGUUAUUGCAUUUGGAAAGAAAUAUGGUUCUGGAGGAGUCUAAUAUAUGUAAAUGUAAUGCAGCCACAAAUGAUGAUGAAAAUUUGCUUCUUUUACUUGUAAAAUAGCAAUGUAGCUUAUAGGAGGUCCACGGUUAUUUGGUUUGUAUUUUUGGAGUAUUAGGGUAGGAGAUUCGAACCUGGAGUAUUGGGAUAGGAGAUUCAAACCUGGAGUACUGGUUUGUACCAUUAGGCAGUGCUGUUAUGUGGUUUCUUUAAAAGUUUGUUUUCCUGCAAUAAUUCAUUGAUUUUGAGUAUCUAACGUGUGCAAUGA